UAUAGUGAAAGCUGAGAUAACAGAAGAUCUUUGUGUGAGUUGUCAGCUGGGAGACCCUAAUGAGGAAACCACUGACAGUAUCAGCCCAGGUGAAUUCACAAACUGCAAUAAUCAUGGUCAUAGUGCUGAUGCUUCUUUCAAUCUUAUUCAAAGAAGCCACGUGAAAAAUGGAUGUUCUGAUUGUGGUAAAUGUUUUACCUGGAAAUUUCAACCUGUUACUCAUUGGAAAAUUCAUGCAAGAGAGAGAGUAUUUUUGUGCCCUGAAUGUGGGGAAAAUUUUAUCAAGAAAUCAGAUCUUAUUGACCAUCAAAAUAUUCAUACAGGCAUGAAAGCAUUUUCAUGUCCUGACUGUGGAAAAUCUUUUACUCUAAAAUUAAAUCUUAUUAUUCAUCAGAAAAUCCAUUCAGGGGAGAAAGCAUUUUCAUGUUCUGACUGUGGAAAAUCUUUUACUCUAAAAUCAAAUCUUAUUAUGCAUCAGAAAAUUCAUUCAGGGGAGAAAGCAUUUUCGUGUUCUGAAUGUGGGAAAUGUUUUACUCUGAAAUCAACUCUUAGUAAUCAUCUAAAAAUUCAUACAGGAGAGCAACCAUUUUCAUGUUUUGACUGUGGAAAAUGUUUUGCUGUAAAAUCAAAUCUUAUUAGGCAUCAGAAGAUUCAUACUGGGGAGAAAGAAUUUUCAUGUUCUGAAUGUGGCAAAGGCUUUACUCAGCAAUCAAGUCUUAAUAAUCAUAUGAAAAUUCAUACAGGAGAGAAACCAUUUUCAUGUUCUGAAUGUGAGAAAUGUUUUCCUCUGAAAUCAACUCUUAUUAGGCAUCAGAGGAUUCAUACAGGGGAGCAAGGAUUUCUGUGUUCUGAAUGUGGGAAAUAUUUUAUGCAGAAAUCAACUCUUAAUAAGCAUCUGAAAAGUCAUAUAGCAAAGAAAGUAUUUUCAUAAUUAGGGAUAGGUAAAGUGUGCAAAGAAUCUCUGUGUGGAAUAUAGAGACUUUGAACCCUAUUAAAUAGUUACUUUUUUAGUGUGUGCACUUUCACACGAAUAAUUAUGGCUCAGAAAAUAGCCAAACUGCACAAGUGGCUGCCUUCUUCUGCAUUCUGAUGCCACCAAAGCAUCAAACUGCUCACCUGUACUGCACACAGCCUUUGAUUGCUGCAAAACAUUAUUUCUGUUCAUAAUUGAUCUCAAUAGAUGAGAUUAGAUAUGGGAAACCUAGGUUUUAACAUGGUGGUGCCCUUACUUUUUAGAAAAAAUAAAUACAUAUAUAUAUAUAUAUAUAUAUGUAUGUAUAUAAACAAACACCAAAUUCAAAAUCAGACUUUUAUAAUUCAGACAGAAUAUGCUAUUUAAAAAACUUUCCACUAUCUAGUUUGCUUCCAUUAUUAAAUUGUGCAGUCUUUUUAUUUGCACAUUUUUUAAGGGACCCGCUUUUACUGAGCAUGUGUAAAGGUUCACAGUAUAUAGAUAUGUACAUGUGUAAAAGUCCACAGUAUAUAUGUGUGUUUGUGAUUGGCUAAUGGCUUAAGUAUAAUACAUGGGGCAAGGAAAUGAAAGGGAACAUUGAAAUUUGUCAUAAAAAAUGUCUUCUCAUUUAAAGUAGGUGUUACUGUAAUGUCUUUAAUUAGGCAUUUGUUGAUUAUGCAAUUAGACUGUUUAAUGGCCAUUUAAACAAAGUCUUUGUUUUUGCCGUUACAAAGAAUAAAUGUGUAUCUAUAGGAAUACAUCUGUUUGUAUCCACAAAUGUAAUAAAUGUAGCAAAAAGACUAUGGGCAUCCCCCUUUAGCAACCAAAGGAUCAAACUAAUAAGUUAUGUUAAGUACAGUGGAGUAAAAUAUUUAUAUCUGUGUCCCACAAGCUGAAGAAGCCAUUACAGUUCUAUGGGAAGAAAAACAUGUUUCCUAUAUACAGCUGACCUAGAGACCUUAUUGCCUUGGCACAGCUUACUAUUCUUUUACAAUUGUGCAUUUUGUGGUGGGAAAGAAUAACCUUUAUAAACUCACCACGCAUGAUCACACAAUACUGAAAUGCAAAGUCUUAUUUCUUGUUAAAUCUGCUCUUCUACCGGUCACAAACAUGAAUGUCUGAUCCAGAAGCCAUUUGUUACAUAUAUAGUUUAUCUUAAGUGUACACGUGCAAAAUCAGGCACCUUAUAAUACCUAGUAAAUUAGCAGUAUCAGUUACAUAAAGCACACUGAUAAAUUGGUAAUAUAAUCCUAUCUUACAUGUGCAGCCAGAGGGCAAACAAUAUACAAGAUAAUGCACGACAGACCAGGGCAAUAGCCUGAACUAUUAAAAUGGAAACACAGUAUUUCCAAAUUUUACUGUUUGUGCCUUAAACAUGGACUUUGAAUAAUAAAAUAAUUCACAUAAAACAACUAUAAA